AUGUCGGUCAUGGCUCCUGCAAGAGACGACAGAAGUAUAGAACCUUCGCAAGCGAUAGAUAGUAUGACCGGCACAUCCAUCUCUGAAUUUGCCGGGCUUCCAGCCAUGCUUACUGUGUCUUCCUGUGUCGCAACUCGCUUGACGAUGGGGCCACUGCCCAUGUUGUUGGACUUGCAUCUGUCCGUUGCUACCACGGAGCCGACUGAGUGUCCACAAGGGGGCACAACAUAG